AUGGGACCACCCGGUCAGCUCUACUGGGGUCCAAUCGAGAAGACGGAGGCAGACUUCCCUCAGAAGUUUCAGCCGAAGAAGCUUCUGAAGCUGGAGGGGGAGGACUAUGUUAGGCUUGCCGCCAUUCACACGGUUACGAAAGAGCGACUCAGAAGGCUAGAGUUGUCGGAGAUGGAGAAUUGGCGCAAGGAGACAGAGAAGGCCAGGGAGAAGGAGACGAUGAAGGACUACAUGGAGAGAGUGGAAAAUCGGGUACACCUGGUGGGCAAGCUUCUUAUUGAGCUUCCACUUAUCCAGACUAGGUGCAGGAUGGAGACGUCUUCAGAGUGCUUGGAAAGACUUGCAGUACUAGAGACAGAAUACCAAGCUUGCCACACAAAUAGCACACUUGGAGGAGGAGAUGGGCGCAAAGCAAUGGAUACAGAGCAGAUACAAAAGAAACCAAUCCCUAGGGGCCCCAACAGCAAGCGCUCCUCCAAAUCCCUUGAGAGCGACCUAGAGCGAACAAGCGAGCUUAACGGCGAUAUAGACGCCCAGCUGUACGCUCCAGCAUAG